AUGAAGUGGGGUAUUUGUGGCGCCGGGUUUGUUUCUCAAGAUUUUUGCACAGCUCUGAGAUUAUUAAACCACGAAGACCAUCAAAUUACUGCAGUAGCUGCCAGAGAUAUAGACAGAGCAUGGAAAUUUGCCAACGAAUAUAAAAUACCAAAAGCUUUUGGUUGUUAUGAAGAUCUAGCCAAAGAACCAACUGUAGAUGUUGUAUACAUUGGAGUUAUUAACACUGAGCAUUGUCGUUUGUCAUUAAUGAUGCUUAACAAUAACAAACAUGUGCUUUGUGAGAAACCAGCCACUAUGAACCUAAUGCAACUUCAAAAAGUGAUAAAUACUGCCAAGGAAAAGAAGCUUUUCUUUCUGGGGGGUCUUUGGUCACGCUUCUUUCCAGCCUAUGAAAAAAUACGCAGUGCAUUGAAUUCCAAGACUCUUGGUGAGGUGCGCUAUGUUGAAGCUGAAUUUGGUCGACCAAUCAUUCAUAGUCCUAGGUUACACAAGCCUGAAUUAGGUGUUGACAAGUGUGCUUCCAUUAUUUUAAUAUAUAAAGGCGGAAGAAUGACAAAUCUGAUGUACCAUACAGAGAUUCAAGCUAAAAAUAAUGCUGUUAUAUAUGGAACAAAAGGCUUGAUUGAGGUUCCUUGUCCAUUCUGGGCAGCUACAAAAGUAAAAAUAAAUGGUGAUGAAAUGGAGUUUCCACUGCCUACAAAAGAUGCAAAAUUCAAUUUCAUUAACACUGCUGGUUUUUCAUAUGAGGCAGAAUGUGUAAGAACAUGUAUUGAAAAUGGCCAAUUGGAAUGUCCACUGUUUCCCCACUCAGAAGCAAUCACAAUGAUGACAAUUAUGGAUGAAGUUCGUCGGCAACUUGGUGUCAAAUAUGAUGUUGAUGACAUUGAACCAUAA